AUGCCUCCGCGACAUCAAACCCUCCCCCCCGCCGCCACGUCGUCGGCCCGCGACGCACAGAAAUCAUUCUACUGCGCCCUCUGCGCCAAGGGCUACACGCGGAUGAACGACUACGAGGCGCACCUUGGCAGCUACGAUCACUCCCACAAGCAACGCCUCAAGGAUAUGAAGGCCAUGGUCCGGGACCCUGCAGCCGGCGCGCGUGCCCGCAAAGCCGAGGCCAAGGCCGACGGCCUCAUUAGCAUCAAGGUGCCCGACGGCGGCGGCGCUACUUCAUCGACGGCUGGUGGAGGCUUCAAAAAGGGCGGCUUCAAGAAGAGUGGGUUCAAAAGCACAAUGGCGCCCGCCACAGAAGGCCAGGGGAAGCCCGAGGCGGUGGCACAGCCUGUGCGGCCGGAGGCAGCGGUAACGACGGCCACGAUCAAAGCACCACUGGGGACGGGCGAGAGCGAUACCGAAGACGAAGGCUACGAAGUGUACGAUCCGAGAUACCCGACCGAUUGA